AUGUAUCAAUUUAGUUUUGAAAUAUUAUUAUAUUAUACUUCUGAUUGUCCUUCGACAUCUGAUAUAAUGAGCACCUAUUAUACUCAACCGAACGAUGUGUAUUAUAUAUCACCAGGACAAUUUGAUCAAUUACAGGGACAAGUUAAUGAUGUUACACAAAUAAUGAGAAAUAAUAUACAAUUAGGAAUACAACGUGGUACAAAUCUUGAUGAUCUUGAGAUUAAAGCAGAGGAUCUGAAUAACUACUCUCAACAAUUUGCUUUUACUGCACAUGAGGUAGAGAAAAAAUAUUGGUGGCAAAAUGUUAAUAUGUGGAUUCUUUUAAUUCUUGUUAUUAUUGUAAUCAUUGUUCUCGUAAUUGUUCUUCCUAUUCUAGCUUCACAGCAUAAAAUAUAA